GGAUUCUCGACAACAAGUUAGGGCUAUGAAGAGAGAGAAGCAGCAAGAAAUGCCUAGAGGCAAUGGAUCUCUAUAUGUAGAGGAACCAAAAUUUACAUCAAAAAAGGAACCAGAGCUAGGUUUGGAGCAUCCACAGCCGAGAAAAAUAGAAUACACAGCCGCGGGAAUUUCUCGGGCUUUUGGACGUAUGGAUUCCGAAGUGAGCCAAGGGAAUGAAGCUCAUCGUCAAUCGGGUGCAAACGAACACUCGGAUGCCAGAAGUAACACUCCAAUUCAACAAAGAUCUCGUCCUGAACAAAAAGCAAUCUCGACUCACAUCUCUUCUAAAGGGCCCAAUAAAUUCAAAGUCCUAAGAAAGCCAAUAUCGAAAACCGCAGUAAUCAGGAAGAAUGUUACAUGUCCCAGCGAAGAUGAUUAUGGAGACGCCCUAGUAGCCGGCACAUAUUACAAUUCCCGGCCUCCCCCAAAAGAUACAACAUCCUCACAGUCUGGAUUAAAGCACAAAACUUCAGAUAUCCAGAAAAGAAGCCCAAGUUAUCAUGGAGCCCAAAGUUCUGUAGGGAGUGGUUCCGAUGGCGGUCCGCCCGUACGCAGGGAAAAGACUCGUGCUGGAGAUGAAAUCACAAAAUCUACUCGGAAGCAGAAUCAUGGAACCUCUUAUCCCAAAACAAGAGAAACCCCGUCCCAGCCGCCGCGUAGUACACGCAAAGAGGAUAACACUUCUCAACAGCAUCCACAAGCUUUAAUGCCAGGGCCUGUAGCGGAUCAGCAUCGUCGUCCCACUCCCACAAAUAUGCAAGACUCUAGACAAGUGCCAGGUUCGGUGGGAAAAUCUCAUCCAACUCAAAGACAUAGUAUUGAGCCUCCCGUAAAGUACAGCGGUUCUCAAAGGUUCAAACGAGACGCUGAAUUAUUCUUAUCGGUGUAGGGUGAAAGACACUAGCGGUAUGAUAACACCUUGAGUUUCAUUCCUAGGGCACAUGCAAGCGGAAUCAGCGAGGAUCUUAUUAGACUAUAGUCUGAUUUUGUGAUAACAUACGCAUCGAGUUCACAUUGUAAAGUGGUAAUACCAUGAUUGUAGAUUAUGAUUCUGACUUUUGUCCCUUUCAUAGAUAAUUAGUGGGAAUCCAUAAAAAAAAUGCAGCGUUUCUAUAAUGCAAAUCGUGAAACCCUAAAAGAUCCCA